AUGCUUUUCUCAACUUGCACAUAUUCAUGUCAAGGACAUAUUCACAACACUCACAACCUAUACACUUCACCUAUUUAUAGUCAAAAUUUCAAUUCAUAUGCACUUGACGAUAUCGUAAAUAAUACAACUACCAGAGAAGAACUUAAUCAAAUCAAAUCGAAAAUCUUCUUACCAAUUUACGACCUUAUUCUACCAAGCAACAAACCGAAGCACUACAUAACCCCACCUCGUUCCCAAAAUGGGUUUAUUAUUUUUCGCAGAGAUCUUCAUGCCAAAAUGAUAUAUGAACGAGGAUUUAACAUGGCUUCUCAACUCAAAUCUACUUCAAGAUUAGCUAGUAUAUUGUGGCAAGAGCUGACGUUUGAUGAUAAAGAAAUUUAUCUUAAGAUUGCUGACAUCGCUAAAAAAGUUCAUUCUUGUAUUUGGCCAAAUUAUCGUUACAAGCCAUAUAAGAAGGACCAAAUUUUGUUGUCUACCUUCCAAUCAGCUGGAGCAAACUUGAAGUGUCAAUAUUGUGUUAAGUCUUCUAUUUUUCAACCAGCUAGUUUUAAUAUGAUACAUCAUAUUUCCAAAUCUGUCGAAGUCAGUGCCAUACCGCGUGAUUAUUUGUAUUCCCCUUCUAAAUUUAUAUCCCCUCCAAAUCUCUCUCUUGGCUCUACUAUGUCUUCUCUCAUAAAACAACCUACACCAUUAGAAACAAGACAAAAUGCAACCUCCUUACAUGACAAACAUGCUAUAGAAAAACUAAAUAACUUUUGUUUUGGUUUUUUAUAA